AUGCAAUUGUGGGAAAGCGGUGGUGUUGUAGCUAUGAACAACGCAUUACAACGUGCUGAGCAGCAUCAUAAUAAUUGUACAUCGAAGUGUGACAUAUUUGUUGCGAAUCUCGAUGAUGACGAUGUCUGGUCUACAGAACAUCUGAGUGAACUAUUAUCGAUCUUUAGACGUUUUCCGUCGGUCGUUUUUGCAUGGACUAAAGGAUACUACUGUAAUAACGCUGGCAAUCCAUAUCCAGGUAUAACAGUUCCACAAGACAGAGUCAACAAUUGGUCUGGAUCUUUUGGUGGUAGUAUACUCCAUUCUUCUUGGGCAUGGAAAAUGGAAGUAUUUCGAGGUUUUCGAUACCGUGGGCAAUGGGAUUUUCCACCAAAUUUUCAAGGAGGACGAGUAGCGGACGGUGAUUUAUUUGACGUAGCACGGGCAUAUAUUAUUGCAAAAAAGUUAGAUUAUUAUCAUAGCAACCAAGCUACGAUCGAGCAUCUCGUUGAAAUGGGAAGAGAGUGCGCUAAAAAUGGACCAUUAUGGUAUCCUGAUUAA